CUUCGUAAAAAGAUUACUUAAGGCGGGUAUUGAUCAGCGACGUCACGCGUGUUGUGCUGGAUUUGUGUUGUCAAAAAGGUUGUGUGAAUUCCAUGUAUGGUUUGUGGACUUGUGAUGAGGGCGGCCAUUUUAUGCAUUUCUGCACACUGAGAUCAUACUGGUGAUAAACAUAGCAGUAGAAAGGAAACGCUUGGAGAAGAUCUUGACUAAAUAUAAAGAACUGCUGAGAAAGAGAUACAUAUUUGACAGCUCUUGGUGUGGACACAUUCUGCGAUUAUGAAUCGGGUCGUCACUACUAAUUAGCAGCUACCAUGGCCGGCUUUUCGUGAUGAGGAUAAACUCUUUGACUAGGAGGAAUCUUUAAGAUCCUGAUGACCACUUGUUGCUGUUGUAUAAGUGAGCGAGCCUUACUUCCAACGAGCCAGAUACAUGGUCCAGUACUCAGGGAUGGCUGAGAAGAGCUCUCCUCAGAGGAAGGAGAAGCAGGCGGGGGUGAAGUCGCCGAUGUCCACCAAGGGAGACGGUGGCAAGACCCUGAAGAGGAAGCUCUUCGCCGGCGGCGUCAACGGGGAAGGGGCUGAGGAGAAGAAGCCCCCUAAACCAGCCCCUAAGCGCAAGAAGCCCACGUCCCAACCCGGCAGUCCAACACUACUUGGGACGCCCGGACGCUCUAUCCCGCUGUCUGAGCGACAACAGUUGGCUCUCCUUAUGCAGAUGACUGCUAAUGAGGAAAACAAUGUCCCAGUUAUCAGUCAUCCUCCGAAAGCCAUGCCGACCCCUGGGUCAGUGGGUGGGGUGAAGAACAAGGCCAACAAGCGGAAUGAGAGAGGGGAAGCGCCCCUUCAUCUUGCUUCCAUACGAGGGGACGUACAAGCCACCAAGAAUCUAAUCAAACAGGGGGCGGAGGUCAACGUUCAAGAUUUCGCUGGUUGGACGCCGCUUCAUGAGGCAUGUAACCAUGGUUACUUUGAGGUAGCGAAGCUGCUGCUGAAAGCAGGAGCUUACGUCAACACUCAAGGCCUAGAGGACGAUACCCCACUGCAUGAUGCUGCUGUUAACGGACAUGUUAAGGUUGUUGAGCUGUUGCUGAAGCACGGAGCCAACCCUCUCCAGGUCAACAAGCGAGGCAAGGCCCCCAUCGAUCUAGCCUGCUCAGCAGAGAUCCGUAGCCUCAUGAAGAAUGAGAUUAUCGAGACGAGUAGUGACACGUCGCUAGCCGAGGCACGGCCUCCAACCUCCCCAGAGAGUGUGGACUCUGUAGAUACCCAAGAACUCAGGAAUGGCGAAGCGAGACCUGAUCCGUAUGAAUUUGAUCAUCAGGAUCGGAGUCCGAAUGAGCAGAAAAUAACAAUACACUGGGCAUCACCAGAUAAAUGCGGCAAAGGGGCAAUCAUGGAAAUAACCAGAACUAUCCCGAAACUGAAUGACCGUGCCACACCAAACUCUAUGACCUCAACAACUACAUCCGAUAGUGAUUUGUUUGAUCCUCACUUAAGCACGAAACCCUUGAAUAAUAUUACUUCUGGUCUGGCUGCUACACUCAAGCAACAGCAACACCUUCAACAACAACAGCAGCAGCAGCAACACCUUCAAAAACAACAGCAGCAACAGCAGCAGCAGCAACAACAUCAACAACAUCAGCAGCUGCAACAACAUCAGCAGCCCAUGCACGUUGUCUUACCCGAGUGUCGGAAUUCACAUGAGGAGGUAAAGUUGUCCAAUGAGGUGUGUAAUAAUGCGUCACAGUCGUCGCCCAAGGAAUCGAACACUGUCCCAGCGUGCGAUGUCGGAGUGCCGAGAGUAGCGUGUGCCAAGGAAGACUCAGACAGCAGUUUGAGCGAUUCCAACAUGCUGUCAUCAGACGACUCUAAUACAGCAACAGAGACCAAAGGAUCCUCAGGUAAAGCAGACAGCACGACGACUGUCGAAUCUUCGGCAGCCCCGUCAGCGUUUCUCUGGAAUCAGACAAACGCAAGAACUUUACCGCCGUCAGACUUUGGUAGCAGCGCCAUGAUACCAACUGUAGAUUCUAGUGCUCAUCAGCACACCAGCAAUGCCAGUAGUUUAUCAAGCUCCAUAUUCACGGAGAACUCUUCCAGUAAGCUUGACUCUACGAUUUUGACUUUGAACAGUAAAGUAUCAUCAGUGAACCCACUGGCUCCAUUCAGUACUUCAUCUCUGUCAUCUUUACCGGGUACACCCAAGAAGCAGGUGCAACAACAUCACGCCGCUCCGGACACGUUAACAGAGUCUGUUGACUCUCUGCAGCAUACGACGUUGGUUUCUAGUCGUGGUGUUGGGCAGGAAUCAGCGUUGAUGCACCUCCCACAGUCUCCACAUGCUCCCCGAUCUUUGUCAGCUACCUCCGCAAGUCUCAGCAGUACCAAUCAUGAAACGGAACAGCCGACGGAUAGACCGGUGCCCGGUGCUGAAUCUCAGGCAAAUAAUGUGUCAGAAUGGAGGACAGAAUCCAGACCAUUGGUCAAUAAUCGUUUAGAGACUGAAUCUGAUUCCAAUGUGGAUAAACAAUUACAACAACAACAACAACAACAACAACAACAUGAAAGGCGUGACCGACCGAAGAGACAUAAAGAUCGCUCCCAUCAAAAAUCACAUAGGAAACACCACAGGCAUCAAAGUCAAUCAAGUCAGGGAUCACGUUCAUCCAAAGAUGAACGCCAUCCCAGCGAGGAAGCAAGUACCUCAUCUAAAUCCCCCUCACCAGAGGUUAAAGCUGUUGAGAAUGGAAGGGUUGAGGUGGCCGAGAACUCUCCUGAUGGACAUAAAUCAGACCCUCAGCAGAGAGUGUCACCGUUCCCUGUUGCUAGGGAGUAUUAUAUCGUGUCACCUCCCUCUUCGUCAGCUGAUAACGCCGGUGAGAUUAAAGCCUUGUUAUUGAGACCUAGAGAUCCGAGUAUGAUCUCACAACCUCGUCAAAAAGAAGUCAACUCCUCUCCAACAUCUGUCUCUUCCACAAGUGCCUCUCUGCCUGUCACAGAAACCAACCAAAAACCAGUCGUCGAAAAGGAAUCUACCACCACGUCUGAUGUCGUCUGCAACACUGAGGCAGUCAGUACCUCAUCAAGCACUGACUCCACUAACCUGAAAAGUCCUGUCUUACGAGAUCUAGAAAGACGGAGAUCGCCAGCGAGGGGUAGCCCAGAUGUGACGUCAUCUGUGCCCACAUCUAACCAGGCAAAUCAGUCUGGUAGUGCCCAGUCUGGCAAGGGAUCCCCAAAAGCUCAAGAACAAUCAAGCGAGAAGCCGCAACCUCCCAAACCAGUGCGGACGCUACGUUCCAACUCUGGAAUGGUGAACUCAAACUCUAACCCUCCAUCUGAGACCAACGGUAGUGACAAAGAAGCGGCAACCUCACUCCCCAUGACGCGGAGUCGGCGGACGCAAGUCGAGUCAUCAUCCGCCACCUCGACGCCAGAGCCAAACUUAGAAUCCUCACACCCGCGUAAACGUAAGAUGGCACGUCACCGCCAGCAGCAACAAGCUAACGGAGAGGGAUCCAUUAUUGAGAGACAGACUCCACCAGUUCCGAUGGAGAGAAUUAAUGCCAUGGAGAUGUAUCUAAAUAUCCGGCAGAGGAUUGAGGCUCGACAGAGGACAAUGGUUGCUAAUGUACAACCUAAGCAGCCUAGUGGGUAUAGUGAGUACCUCAUGCAUAGGAAGACAUACCUUCUAGCUAGUGAUCCAGACACCAAGAUCAGCAUAGCUAUACCCAACAUGGAAGCACCAACCGAACUUCACAAUCUGCUAGCAACACAGUUUCAAGAACAAGAGAAGAAACGUCAUGAGUUAAGGUGUAGACACUGUAUAGAAAGGGAGAAACUGAUGCUAGCAGCUGAGCAGGAUAUAGUCAGAGUGUAUGGUCGAGCAGCUAGGGCAUUAGCCAAUCAGAACGUCCCAUUUAGCGUAUGCACCGUGCUGAAGAACCAAGAAGUGUACAACAUGCCUGAACCAAUGCCAAAUGAAGACAGCAAGGGAAGCAUAAGACAGAGAUAUAACGGAAGGCAGUUAUUAUCAUGGCUUCAAGACGUUGACGACAAAUAUGAAAAAAUAAAGGAGGAUCUUCUUCAACGUCACCAACAUGAAGCAGCGUCUCUGUACGCCAUCCAGAAACUAGAAUGGGAGUUGAAGCUACAAGAGCUGAAGUUAUGGGAUCCUAAGAACCGGCCGCAGGUUCCAUCAUGUCAUGUACCGAUGGUAGAGGUCGAUCGAGAUCUAGACUUACUUCCAGCGUAGCGUCUCAAGGAGGAUUCCCUCCUCCUCCUUCUUUAUAAGAUUCCCGUUUAGUUGAAGUUUUUUAAUUAAAGAGUUUUGAGACUGUCUUGAUGGUUUCAGGUGUUCAGGUCCCAGAGGUUUUGGUGGUAGACGCAAAAAGGUUUAUGGUGAAGGAUGUUGUGAAUAUGGACUGAUUGAUGGGGGCUUGGUUGGAACCCAUCACCCCUCGAUCAUCGCCAGAGUGUGGAUUUAAGAAAGAAAGAAUUAAAGACGCUAAGAUACAAAGAACACGUGAGGAUUUAAAGUAGGAUUUCAAAACUUUGCACGGUGGAAGUAAAACCAAGAGUUGUUUGCGGUAACACCGUUUGAAAAUCUCUUUUGAGUAGUGUUGGUUCUGAAAAGAACCCGUGGUUGAUUCUGAACCAAGAUUUUCACCUAGUGUUACUGUAGGCAUCUCUCUAAGACAUAAGUGUUCAUCGUUUAUUUGAUAAGCUACAAGUUAACGGUUUAUUCAAACCAGAUAGAGAGGUUGGAAUUGAAAAGUGAACCCAGGACUCAGGAUCAGUGGCUCCUCCAAUUCUGAAUUGGUCAUUUGAUUUUUAAACGGGCACAUGUUGUCCUGUGGUCAAGUGAACGACGCAGCUCCUGAAUAUGUUUUGAAUUGGUCAAUGAUUCCAACUUGGGAAAUCGUUCUCCAGUAAUGGACGAGAGGUAACGGUCGUUACUCGUUUUUAUUGUUUCUUAUCUGAAAAAAAGGGAUAAACUAAACAUUUGAGGAAAAUAUUGUUAAGAAAAAAAUGUGACUGUAUUAUUAGUGGUACCGUGUACAUAUAUAAAUGUUGUUUGUAAUUAAAAAAAUUGAAAAUUUACACUUGUACAGAGAGUCAUUAACAAAAUUUGAUUGAUUUUUUUCCAGCAAAUCUGGAAAGUCAGUUUUGACGCCGAUUUGUUACUUACUAAAAAGAGAAAAAUCUCAGACAGAAGUUCGAGAAGGUUCAGAGGAUUUACCGGCGAACAUCUCUGUUUUAGUUUUACCACAAAAAACUAACUGAAUCAGUACGGAUAUAAAUGUUAUUGUUACACAACAUUUUGGACCUGAAUGGGUUUAUUUUCACAAGUGUUUUGAUUUAAAAAGUUCUUGGUUUAGUCGUGGGAAUUACUUGUUUAUUUGGGAGGGAUGUUUGAAUAAUAAUUUUGAGUUUAACAAACAAUUGUUCUGUAUUUGGCGUUCUUUGGUUUGAUGGUUUCACAUAGUUUUGAUGGGUUUGUUUUUAUUUUGGACAAAGUCUGUAUGAGAUACUUCAAUGAAAUUAUUGUUGACCUGUUUAAUGUUAAACAGUUUAGGUUGAAUAACUAGUUAAAGUGUUGACUAGUAACUCGGGUUUCUACUAGGUUAACUAGUUAUUUAACUAACCAGUAUAAACAAUUGUCCACAAUUAAUGUUCAAGUGUAGAUAAUCUACUAAUAAACAGUAAGUCCAUAAUUGUUCCUUAAGAUAAACCCUGUUCCCAUAGACCAUGCACAAUAGCAUAGGUACAUGUAGUGUGUAUUAUGACACGGGAUGUUAUGACAACUUCAAAUUCUUCUGCAAAAUAAAAUCACAUCCUUCUUAAA